UGAGAAUGCGACUUUACGGUGUUUCGCGCUAAAAGUCAGUCAGGCUCGAAUUCGAAAUCGCGGUUGGGGAUGAGCGACGGAGCAGACGAAAUUCCGCCAUACAGCAGCAGCAGCAUGAAUAUCGCCGGCGAUAUCGCCCAACUGUCCUACAAGGAGCUACAGGCCCUGGCCCUGAGGUACCGUGUACCGGGUAACGUCAAGAAAAAGGUGUUGGUCAAAGUUCUGCAAGCUGCCAGAAGCGGAAAUGAAAUGGAGUUCAGUCGACUAUUGCAGGAGUUGAGAAAGAAUCGUAAGAGAAAGGCAAGGAAAUCAAAGGAUUCCAAACUCGGGAUAACAUCAACGCCGCUACAUAGUCCUGAUUACAUUAUGGCUGACGACGAUUAUUACUGUCAGCAACAACAACAGCAGCAACAGCCACAAGCCCCUUAUCAGUGGUUUCCGUCUAUUCUGCAGAUCGGCGCUGAAGAGGAGAUAGUGAGUAAGGACGAUGACAAGUUCCCGCACUACGAGGAGUUCAAGCAGUUUUUGCUGAAGAGGAUCCAACGCGAGUUCCAGGCAUGCGACAACAAUAACAACCAAAUGCAGGACUUGCACUUGGACACUAUUGUGGAUCUGCAAAGCGCGCCGAUAUCACCGAAUUUGCAAAUGAUUCCUCUCGACGGACAGAACUAUCUUAAAUCGAAUCUAAUCAACGAUGCAGACCCAUUGGCGAUCUCCUCGGUCGACAGAUCGAGUUAUCAAGUGCUGAAAGAGCCCGAGGGAAGUUCGCAGGGGUCGUUUCUGCUGAAAAGGAUGCUACAGGCGCCGGUAGGCGCCAAUCUAGGCGAAAUCGCUAGUUCGCUCUUUUGGGCCAGCAAUCUGCUGGACAAUUCUGACACUCUAACUGCCGAAUCUGAGAGCAACGAGAAUGAGGAUCGCGAAUUGGACGAGGAAUUGGCAUUGGAAGAACAUUUUGCGGACACCAACGCCAACGAUUAUUGUUUAUUGAAAAAUAACAAGGGCGAGUACCUGCUGAACGAGGCAAACUUGAUAUCUCAGCAAGUUCCCAGCGUGCUGCCCGCCGACGAUCAGUACAGAUUUCCCAACGAAGUGAACAAUCGGCCGAAUAACUCUUACCAGAACUGGACAAUUACUAGUGUGACGGAAGUGCCUAAUGGCGAUUUGCAGUCCCCCAAAAUUUUCCACGCGAUCUACUACAACAACACGGAUCCUACCAUGACGGCUGCGAACAACAAUAUGACUUAUCAGUAUCCGAACGACACUGCCUGCAAUGGCGGUCAAAACUUUUUCAACUUUGAUGCACAAGACACUAAUUCAUAUGCGACCGGCACGGACAUGAUGACCACGAACAAUUCCAACGAUAUUUAUUAUCUGCAAAAUUUUGGCAAACACAACGGAGAAAUGGGAACAGAAUAUUUCCGCAAUGUCGAUACUUUCGGACAGAAUAACGCUCAGCAAAAUGUCUACGCGAACAAUCAACAGUAUCAGUAUUUUUAUCCUCGACCUGAGGAGGCGAUUGAUCCGAUAAACGAAAGAUUAGAACAACAGCAAAGUAACGUUAUGGCAGAAGUACAAAAUGAUGUUGUCAAUCAAGAAACUGUUACGGAGAAUUUGCACAGACCGAUAAAUGGAACAGUGGAGCCAUUCUGGCCAAAAUGGACCGCUCAGACCAACAAUAAUUUGGAAAACACCCUGAACUAUCACAUAUCCAAACAGGUGGACUAUUCUAAAUUGAAUAUGACGUCCUGCGUGUACUGUUACGAGGCGCCGAUCGUCAUGCAUCAACCUAGUCACGGUUCUAUUCCGACAGAUUCUGGCUGCUGGCAUGAGCGAAGAUACACCGCCGAGCAACGACAACAUUCCUUUUUGCCGUAUUGGAUGCUGUACAACGACACAUCACAGGGUAUGCGAAUGACGAAUAUGUCUAGUGAUCCUAUGAUGCCGUCGCACGCGACCACUAUCCCUAGCAAUGAUAAUUUGAAGGACAUCGUCCACGACACUUCCGUGGCACCGAUCAACGAUGUGUGGAUGAAUGAAUACGAGCCGGUGUCUAUCGCCGAUGAGAUGAACGUUCACGUGUCGGAUCCGCUUUUCUGCAACGUCGCCGUCGAUCGGAUCGACGACAUUCCGGACACGCCGGAUAUCACGAAAACUUAAAGUGAGUUCGAAAUAUUUAUGACAG